AUGGCGCUGGAGGACUCCUUCUGCAGGUCGGUGGGAGGACACGAGCUGAAAUGUAGAAGAAUCUGGCGCAGGGCGCUCUCGCAUCUGCACCCGCCGCCUCACGGCCUGUGCGGCUGCGUCACCCUUGAAGUCAGCUGGAGCGACGUGCGUGGGCUUAGAUACGAGAACGAACUGCAGGCAGAAGCGAAUCUGGCGAUGGAGGUGACGCGAGUGGUGAAGCGCGAGUUUGACUCGUUUGAACAGGCGGUGCACGCACAUGCCCUGCGCCUCUACCCUGCCUCGCCCUCUCAUGGAACCACGCCCUUGCACGGGGAGAGAUUGCGGGAGGGGAACGAAGCCAGAUGGCUGUCAGAGAACGAGAGUGGAGGUCUGGCGGAGGAGAGGGAGUCUUACUUUAGUGUGGAGCCUAGCUAUGGGUCGUGCUGGGAGAACGAGUCCCAGCUGUACAGCGGGAGUAGAUCCACCGUACAUGAUGAUGUGGAAGCAGAGUCGCUGCCCAGUGUACAUGAUGACGUGGAAGCAGAUGGGGUGGAAUCGAGUGCAUGUGAUUAUAUUGAGGCAGAGCCACGUCAUAGCCCAAACGUCUGGGAGGAAGUGGAGGCAGAGGCACCACUUAGGGUACAUGAUGACGUGGAUACGUUAGGGAUGGUAUCUAGUUCUGAGAUGGAAUCUAGUAUGUAUGGAGAGGUGCAAGCAGAUGGGGCAGCAUCCAGUGUACAUGAUGACGUGGAAGCAGACGGAUUGGCAUCAAGUGUGUAUGACGAUGUGGACCCGGAUGGGGUAGUAUCGAGUGUGUAUGACGAGGUGGACGCAGAGGCCUGGGAUGAUCCAGAGGGCUGGGAGGAGGUGGAAGCGGAAUCAGCACGGACUGUCAGUGAUGGAAGGGGCGAAGAUGGGGAAGUGUCGAGCGUGUUUCACGAGGUGGAAGCAUAUCCUAUGGAAGCAGAACCCCACCUCCCAUCCCCCCACCAGACCCGCAUCCCUGCCUCUCACCUCACCUACCCCUCCACCCUCCUCUCCUCUCCCAAGCCCCUCCUCCCAGCCCUCCGCGCCCCUCCCACCACCAUCACCUACCCGGACACCCUCCUCCUCUUCCGCUUCACCCACCCGCACCUCCCUGCCGCCCUUGCUGACGUCAUCACCACCGACCAACGCCUGCUCCACCAAUUAGAAUCCGGCCUGCCCGCGUGGGCCGUUUUCCUCCAAUCCUGUGCCGGCCUCUCCGCCCUCUACCGCCCCUGGAUGCGCCCGCUCGUCGCGUACGCUUGCUUUAUAGUCUCUCUCGUUACAGUGCUAAUCGGCUUCUACGACCUGUAUAAGAACAUCCCGGUGCUACAGGAAAUGCUGGCUCGGAUGCUGGGGCCCAUAUGGUCUGUGGUAGGAACCUGGGACAUGGGAACAAGACUUAGAUACCUCGGAACGAUUCUCUUUCUGCAGAACUGGGAACGGGCCUUCAAGUGGCUGUCCUCUGCCUGGAAAGUCGUCUCACACGCGCUUUCCCUCCUCUCCUACCUCCUCUCUCUCCUCCUCCGGCCCUUCCAGCACCCCUGCUGGCUCCUCUCGCACGCCUUCCUACUCUGCCUCUCUAAACUCCUCUCCACCGCAUGGAACCUUGUAUCCGCCCUCGGAAAGCUGGUUACCAGCAGCGGGCGGUUACUCGGUUACACCAUGCGUCCCCUGUGGCUGCUGGGGCGGCACACGCUCGUCCCGGUGUGGCGGUUACUGCAUGCAUGCUACCUGGCUGUAUGCACCGCUGGACUAUCCAUCUCCAACAGCUGUCUGCUGCUCUAUCAGCUACUCUCCCAAGCCUACAGCUGCUCUGUACUGAAGCUGGUACAGCUGCUGUCAUCGCUAGUCUCUUCUCCCCUGUCCUUGCUGCACAGCAACUGCCUGCUGCUGUAUCGCCUCCUCUCACAAGCAUGCAGCAGCAGCGUGUGGAGAAUGUCUCAGCUGCUGUCAGCUCAGCUGUCGUUUGUGUACACUCGAGUUUUGCUGCUUGGCCGGCUGCUCGGGGUGCUUGUUCAGCCGCUGCUGCUCCUUGCUCGUACUCUCUGGGCUGUAGGUCGAGCCAUCAUCCUGCCACUGUUCCACUUCAUCCAACUCCUCCUCGCGCCUCUCCUCUCCGCCCUCCUCUCUCUCCUCAAGCUCCCCUUACAGCUGCUCCGCCUGCUGCUGCAGCUCGCCUCCUUCCUCUACUCCACCAUUUCUCACUCAUUCUCUCACUCCCUCUCGCUCUCCCUUGCCUCCUCACUCAAAGCCCUCUCCCUUCACCUCACACACCUCUCCAAUACCAUCUUGCUACACCUUGUGUACCUGUCUAGAACCCUCUUGCAACCAAUUACAUACUCCAUAAAAGCCGUCUCUUUUACCUUUGCGUACGGCUAUAAAUCCGUGGCAAAUCGCUUCUCCUAUAUCUCCAAGGCUGUUACCUCUUCGCUGCGAUUGGUCGGAGGGGCUCGGAAGCUAGGCUCGGCGACCAAGGCUGUAGGGCAGCAGAUCUCUGCUGCAGGUUCGGCAGUCGGGCAGGUUUCCGCAGUUGCAGGUUCGGCGGUGGCUCGGUCGCCGCCCUCCUCCCUGCUGCAGAUGUGGCAUAACCUCUUCCAGAAGUUGUUCCGAGCCUUCAUGUGGAUAUUCAAGGGCGUGGGCUCCUUCGUAGCUGCUGCUAACAGACAUCGCCUCAGCACUCGGCACUAUGUGCUGUCCCAGGUGCGCAGGCUGCAAGCCCGGUCUCUCCAAGCUGCUCAGCACGCCCAGGCAGCAUUGCUCAACCUCGCCCGCAAGCUGCUUGCUCCCAGACGCAUUCCCUCCGCACCACCUCGAGAGGUUUCGGCUGCAGCUACUUCUGCGCCUCGAGAGAUUCUGGUUGCUGCCCGACCAGCAGCAACUGCUCAAGUGGAGAAUCGUAAGGAGGAGGAGCAGGCGGGAAGAGGAGGGGGAGUCUCAGGAGUUGUCGUCACUUGUGAAGGGGCUGAGGAGGAGGGGCAGGGGGGGAGCGGAGGGGGAGUCCCAGGGGUUGUCAUCGCUCCCGAAGGGGCUGAGGAGGAGUUUUGGGAUGCCCGAGAGAGCAUCUCUGUUGGGGGACCUGCGGAGGGUUGUGUGGAGGAAUUUGAUUCGGAAUGGGACAAGGUUGAGGAGGAAAGCGGUAGUGAGGAUGAGGGGGACGAGGAGGAUAACGAGGAUAGAAAGAGGCCUGGGAUGAUUAGGGUCAGAAGAUCCUCUUCACAGGCAACACAUUGCAUGAUUUUGGAUCCCAAAGGUUACAAUUUUGAAGGGGUUCUGCUGGUCGACAUUGUGCAAUCAAGGUUCCAAGCCCUAGUUUGA